CAUACAGAAUCGACUUCAAAACCCGUUUAUGUGUAACACCCGACAUAAGAUGAAGUCGUUACAGUGUUUAAUGUUCGCGGUGUUCUGCAGCGUUGCCUUCGGUGACACUGUUGUAUUAACUAACACAGGAAAAGAAGACGGAUCCAAUCUGAAACUUUUCACUGAAUGGUGGGAAACAUCUGUGUUCUACCAGAUAUAUCCCAGAAGUUUCAAGGACAGUGAUAACGAUGGAAGCGGUGAUCUACAGGGAAUAAUCCAAAAGCUGGAUCACAUUCAAGAUGCUGGGAUAGAUGCUGUAUGGCUUUCUCCAAUUUAUAAAUCCCCACAAGUUGAUAAUGGUUACGAUAUCUCAGAUUAUCGUGACGUUGAUGAGAUCUACGGUACUCUCGAUGACCUAAAACAGCUACUUGACGAAGCUCACAAACGUGGCAUCAAAGUGAUCUUAGAUUACGUUCCCAAUCACACCAGUGAUCAACAUGCAUGGUUCCAAGCUUCUUUGAAGAACGACUCUGUAUACGCUGACUACUACGUCUGGAAAGACGCAGUUAUAGUCAAUGGAACCAGAACUCCACCAAAUAACUGGCUUAGUGAAUUUAAAGGAUCUGCUUGGGAAUGGAGUGAAGAAAGACAGCAGUACUAUCUUCACCAAUUUUCCGUCGCUCAACCUGACUUAAACUACCGUAAUCCAGCUGUCGUGAACGAACUGAAAGACGUUUUAACAUACUGGUUGGAUUUUGGUGUUGAUGGCUUCAGAAUGGACGCGGUAUUCGCUCUUUUCGAAGACGCCCAAUUUAGGGAUGAACCUCCGUCAGGGGACACGAACUCUGGUCCUGAAGAUUACGGAUAUUUGAAACACAUUUACACGGCCGACCAACACGAAACUCUCCAACUAAUCUACGAUUUCAGAGAUCUAUUGGAUAAAUACAGCGCCAACCUGUCAUAUCCUCGAAUUAUGAUGACCGAGGUCUACAGCGAUAUCGCAACUACCAUGCUCUACUACGGAACUUAUAGCGGGUCUAGGAAAGGAGCCCAUUUCACCUUCAACUUCUGGUCUUUUAUCCUGGGACUCCAGAAGGGCUUUACUUCCACUCAGUUAUGGGGGUCCAUUUAUAACUGGUUUAAUUACAUCCCAGCACAAUAUACUCCUAACUGGGUGUUGGGAAACCAUGAUCAGUCGAGGGUUUCCACCAGGUUGGGACCAGAAAACGUCGAUGCUUUAAACAUACUAAUUUCUAUAUUACCCGGAGUUCAAGUAACUUACAAUGGUGAAGAAAUAGGUCAGGAGAAUGGAGAAGUAACUUGCGAGCAAGGCUACGAUCCACAAGCUAUUAAAAACUGCAGUACUUUCAACCAAACGAGCAGAGACUUUGAACGAACACCUUUUCAGUGGGAUUCAACAGUAAAUGCAGGAUUUAAUGAGGGUGCUGAACCUUGGUUACCAGUGAGCCAGAAGUACUUAGAGACGAAUCUAGAAAGCCAAAACGUUACUGGUAUAAACAGUCACUACAAUAUCUACAAACAAACGUUGCAAUUAAGGCAGUCCUUCAGAAAUGAGACUGGAUAUUUCGUACUUUUAUCAAGUUACGCUAAUCUGUUUGUGGCUGAAAGAAUAUUAUCUUCCAAUAACGAUGAUUAUGUGUUGUACUAUAACGUUGGCGAUGAAGCUGUAACUCCGUCAAAGUAUAUCGCUGAGGCCAAUGCAACAGUUGUUAUAAGAAGCAGUAAUAGCGCUUAUAAUAUUGGGGAUCUGUUUAACUACAACGGUACUCUUCUAGCGAGAGAAGCAGUACUAGUGCGUCUGGACAAAUAAAUGGACCAGGAAAAUUUUGAUUUUGUAACAGUUAUACUUUAAAAUAUAAACAAUAAAACAGUC